GCCAUCUUGGGCCCGGCUGGUUUGAUCUGGCUUCUGGUGGAGCGCUGCCCGGACGGGCGUCCGACUUCGCUGAUAGGUGGCUACGGUUCUGUGUUUGCUCUUCUCCAGGUGUCCGGUUAGAACAGAGCCAUCUGCCUUCUCUAACGGAAACAGAGACGGAGACACUCAGGGAUCGGUCUCCGAACAGGAGCUCAUUGUUUCGGAGCAGCUCCUGACACAAAGGACGAGGAAGUUGGGCCUUUUCUGCAUUUCACGGUCCUGCCUGCAGGCGACCGGUUUGCCUGUGAGGAGGCUCUGUUGGGGGCUUUACGGGCAGUUUUCUCCCGAUGCCGCUGUGAUUGCUCCACGACCUCUCCUCUGAGAAAGAAAUCCAGAGAUCGAGGGGAGGGAAGAAGAAAUGGCCAAUGCUCAGGCACUGCUGACAUUCAGGGAUGUGGCCAUAGAAUUCUCUCAGGAGGAGUGGGGAUGCCUGAACCUCGUUCAGCGGGAAUUGUACAGGGAUGUGAUGUUAGAGAACUAUGGAAACCUUCUCUUCUUGGGUGAGGAUAACUUCCUUCCAGACUUCCCAAACCACACUCAGGGUUUUCUUCCUUCCCUUGAAGACCGUCUCUUGGAAGAUUCUUCUUUGCACGACUGGGAUUCAGAUCGCUGCAGUAAGGGAAGUCUUGUUGUGUCAAAGCCAGACCUGGUCAUCUUUUUGGAGCAAAAGAGGGAGCUCUGGGAUGUGAAGGGAAAGGAGACAGUAGCCAUCCACCCAGAUCUCGUUGUGUGGAAACCAAACCUGGUCCUCUUUUUGGAGCAAGGGAAGGAGCUCUGGGAUAUGAAGAGAAAGAAGAGAGUAGCCAUCCCCCCAGCUGUAUCUUCAAAUGGCACCCAGAGUUUCCUGCCAAAGCUGUGCAUAGAAGCUUCUUUCCAAAACGUGGCAGUGGGUAGAUAUAAGCAUAGUGCCCUUGACAAUUUACACUUAAUGAUAGACUGGAAAAAUGAUGGGGAGAGUGAAGAGCAUCAAAGAUAUCAUGAAGGACAUAUCCAAACUGAGACAACUGUUCAUAAUAUGAAUCUCACUGCCCAAAAUGAUGAAGAAUAUAAAACACUUGGGAAAAUAUCCCUUCUUAAGUCCGCUACUUCUGCAAAGCAGUGUCUUUCUGUAAGCAAGGGCUCAAAUCAAAUGGUGAAACAUACGUAUUUGGAGAAUGAGAAUUUGGAAAAUCUGGAAAGUUGCCCAGUCCAUGCUGAAAAUAAUUAUUUGAACCAUUUUGAAGGUAGGAUUGGAUUGACCUUUGAGUCAAACAUUUCUGAAAAUCAGAGAUUUAAAAAUGAAGAACAAAGUGCUAAGUGGGAUUCAUUUGAGAGGUCCUUCACCGAGGAGUCAACCCUACAAGAUGACCAGAGCAUUUUCAAUGAAAAUAGUAUUGCUCAAUGCAGUGACUCUGAGAACAAAUUUAACGAGGGUUCAAAUGUUAAUAAAUGCGUGAGGACUCAUUUUCCAGAGAAUCAUUAUGAGUGUGAUAAAUGUGUGGAAGUCUUUUAUCAAAGCUCCAACCUGAUUAUACAUAAGAGUAUCCCUAUGGGAGAGAAUCCUUAUAAAUAUGAGUGUGGGAAAUCUGUUAACCAGUCCUCCAAUGUUGGUGAUUAUCAGAGAAUUCAUAUGGAGAAAAACAUAUACAGAUGUAAUAAAGCUGUGAACAUGUUGAGUCAAUCAUCAGGACUAAACAUACAUAACACAGUCGCUACUGGACAGAAAACUUACAUUUGUGAGGAAUGUGGUAAAGCUUUUGACUGGCACUCAACACCAUCUCAACAUCAGCCAGUGCCUACUGGAGAGAAACCUUACAAAUGUGAAGAAUGUAGCAAGGUCUUUAUCCACCACUCACACCUUAUUCAACAGGACAGAAUUCAUCCUGGAGAGAAACCUUACCAAUGUGAAGAAUGUGGAAAGGCCUUUAACCAGCACUCAAUGCUUACUCGACAUCAAAGAAUUCAUACUGGAGAGAAACCUUAUCAAUGUGAAGAAUGUGGCAAGGCCUUUAACCAGCACUCAAACCUUAUUCAACAUCACAGAAUUCAUACUGGAGAGAAACCUUACCAAUGUAAAGAAUGUGGCCAGGCCUUUAAUCAUCACUCAAGCCUUACUCAACAUCACAGAAUUCACAGUGGUGAAAAACCUUACAUAUGUAAAGAAUGUGGCCAGUCCUUUAACCAGCACUCAAACCUUACUCGACAUCACAGAAUUCAUAGUGGAGAGAAACCUUAUAUAUGUAAAGAAUGUGGCCAGGCCUUUAACCAGCACUCAAAGCUUACUGAACACCUCAGAAUUCAUACUGGAGAGAAACCUUACAUAUGUAAAGAAUGUGGCCAGGCCUUUAACCGGCACUCACAUCUUACUCGACAUCACAGAAUUCACAGUGGAGAGAAACCUUACCAAUGUAAAGAAUGUGGUAAGGCCUUUAACCAGCAGUCAAAGCUUACCGAACAUCACAGAAUUCAUACUGGAGAGAAACCUUAUAUAUGCAAAGAAUGUGGUCAGGCCUUUAACCGGCAUUCACACCUUACUCGACAUCACAGAAUUCAUAGUGGAGAGAAACCUUACAUAUGUAAAGAAUGUGGUGAUACCUUUAUCCAGCACUCACACCUGACUCGACAUCACAGAAUUCAUACUUGA